AUGUCCAACCAAAGGGACCGGGACAUGGAGGAUAUAAAUGAGGAAGACAUUGAUGAAGAUGAUAUCCUGGCUAGCCUGUCUCCUGAGGAGCUUCAAGAACUCCAGAAAGAGAUGGAUGUUUUAGCUCCAGACGAGAGAGUACCGCUUGGUCAGAGACAGAAGGACCAGAAGAAAGAGAAGCCAUCUGCAGAAUCGGAUGAUGAAGAAGACAUUGAUGAAGAUGACAUCCUGGCGAACUUGUCUCCUGAGGAGCUGAAAGAGCUCCAGAAAGAGAUGGACGUUAUAGCCCCAGAUGAGAGGGUACCUGUGGGUCAAAGGCAGAAGAGCCAGACAGAGAAGGUGCCCACAGGCUCUUUUGACCACAGGGGCCUGGUGGAUUAUCUAUACUGGGAGAAGGAGUCCAAACGCAUGCUGGAGGAGGAGAGGGUCCCUGUCACUCUACUGCCCAAUAAGGUAAGAGAUUACAUAUCCAAUGGUCAAUAUACCAUAGCUAUAGCCUUCAAAUAGGGUGGCAGGUAGCCUAGCGGUUAGAGCAUUGGGCCAGAAAUCGAAAGGUUGCUGGUUUGAAUACCUGAGCCGACAAGGUGAAAUAUCUGUUGAUGUGCCCUUGAGCAAGGCACUUAACCCUAAUUGCUCCAGGGGCGCCGUACUACUAUGGCUAACCCUGGAAAACAAUACAUUUCACUGCACCUAUGCGGUGUAUGUGACAAUAAAACAUCUUAAUGUAUCAUACUGUAUACCACUUUAAUUAUUAUAACAUUAUAAACAAACAUAAUUAACUGACUGACUGUAUGUUUUACAAGGCUAAGUUUAUUAAAUUAAUGUACUAAUUGUCUUCAUCAGAAAACUAUGGAAGAGGAUGCUGAAAAGAAAGAAAACGCUGAACACAUGGAAAUUGUGUAUGAGGUGCAAGAAGAAGUCAUCGAGGUGGAAGCUACAGAUGAUGUUGAAGGAGAGGAAGUGAUAGAGGAGAUUAUAGAGGAAAUUAUAGUGGAGGAAGAGGAUGUGAAGAAGGAGGAAGAGGAGGAGGAGAAAAAGGACAUGAACUAUGAAAAGGUCAUAGAAAAACAUGAACAUCCAGUGAAUAAACAUUUAAAAGAGUCAUCGGAUGACAAUAGCACAAACACUGUAAACACUACCAGUCCCCUGCAGCCCCCUCCAGAGUUCACAGACAAGAAUGAGGAGAAAGAGACUGAGAGCAGAGAGCAAAAAAAGAGCUCACAAAUAUCUGAGAAAGUAGAAACUAACACCACAGAGGCUCCUGAAGUAACAGAGAUGACUCCAGAGGAGAAGAGGGCCUGUUUUGUCCCAGAGAAAGAGGUGAGGGUAAUAAACAAACUAAAUAUUCCAACGCUGGCCCUUGGCAGGGGCCUUGGUGGCCUUGGUGGGGCCAAGAAGACAUCAAGACCCUCAGGGAAUGAGACAAACCUGGACACCACCCUGGAUAAGAUCCGCAACAACAACCCCACUAUCACAGACGUAAACCUGAACAACAUAGAAAACAUUCCCAAAGAAAUGCUUAUAGAAUACGUUAAUGCCUUGAAGAAGAACAAAAACGUCAAAACCUUCAGUAUAGCCAACACCGGUGCAGACGAAAACAUUGCCUUCACCCUGGCCAACAUGCUGAGAGAGAACCGUAGCAUCACCACCUUGAACAUAGAGUCUAACUUCAUAACAGGGAAGGGCAUCAUCGCCAUUAUCCGCUGCCUACAGUUCAACGAGACGCUCACAGAGCUCCGCUUCCACAACCAGAGACACAUGCUGGGCCACCACGCGGAGAUGGAGGUGUCACGCCUGCUUAAGGCCAACAACACCCUCCUGAAGAUGGGCUACCACUUUGAGCAGGCAGGGCCCAGGAUGGUGGUGACUAACCUGCUGACCAGGAACCUGGACCGCCAGAGACAGCAGAGGAAAGAGGAGCACAGCAAGCAGCAGCAGAAGGAGCAGAAGAAGGUGUUUGAGAUAUACGAACAGGCUCUGAACCUGCCCCCGGGGCUGCUGGCGAUGCUGGGCUACGUCCCUCCCGAAAUCGUGGCCCUCAUGCCGCAGCUGCCCAAGGGUCCACAGGGUCACAUGGAACCCAAACCAGAGCCCUCCUCCAGAGUCCAGCAGUCGAACACUUCUCCACAGAAUCAACACAAGCAGCUUAACCACACUCCACAGCGCAACCCCAUUUCACAACAAUCCUCCAGCAUGGAUUUGUCUGGUAACCCUCUAAGAGACAUCCAGCUGAAGAGGACCCCCAAGAAACGUGACCCUUUUCUGGAUCUGGACGACAGGAGAGCAGAGAGGCCGAACGUCCAGCUCAGGAAGACAACAGGAAAACAGAGGGGUACAGGCGUUGAUGAGAUGGUAGAACUGAAGGCCACUCUGAAAGAUGUGAUGAAGACACUGAAGCCUGUUCCUCGGAGGCGGCAGCCGCCCAAGGUGGAUGUGACGCCCCGCGAUGAACUGCUUAAUGAGAUCAAAAAGAGCAAUGUGGCCUAUCUCAAAGCCGUGAGUACAACUGAUGAUUCUCAGAUUAGCACAGGGUCACUAACAGUCAUAAUGUUAGCUAACUUGAUCUCACCAGCCGUCACAUUAUUUAGUUAGAUGUCAGAAGUUGUCAACUGAUUAUUGCUUAAUUUUUGAUAUGCAUUGUGGAACUCUCUUGAACUGGAGAGAAACUUACAGUCCAAUCAAGCUUGUUAGCUUUAACCCAUAUUAGACACACGCUAGCAAAUAUGUACACUAGAUUUAUAGUGUGAAAUUCAAAUUAUGUGAUAUCUCUGUGUAUCCUACACUGCCAAUCAAAGCUUUCUCACAGCUGUUUCUGUUUGUGUAAUGCAUUACUCCUACAGGUGCCGCUCCCCAAAGAAUUGGAAUCAAGAGAAACCAGUCUCUUCAAUCUCUGA